GUUUGGAUUGCUGCUUAGUUUUGUUAUGCGAUUAUUGAUUUUUCUUUUUUAUGUUCGUUUUCCCUUUUAGCUUUUUCUGCUUAUUUGGGGUGUUUUUAUUUUAAUUGUUUUGCUUCGUGGAUUGAUUUUUCUUUGUUGGUUUUUAGGCUUUUUAAUGUUUAUGGCUUUUAGUGUGCAGUUUUCGUGUUGGGUUUUACUGGGAUUUUUGAGAGUGUUCAUAUCCAUUCCUUUGUUUUUAGCAAUUUGUUUUUUGAGAAACAUGUAUAUGUAAGAGAUUGAUAGUACUGUGGGCAAUUUAUCGAACACAAGUUAUUUUACCAUUUGAAAAUCUGGAUCACAGGAUUUCAAGAUUGCAUUCUAUAUGUUUGUUUCAAUAUUUUUUUUUUAUUGUAAUAUAUUUAAUGACGUGCAUCUUUGUUAAUCGAGACCUAAAUCAAUUUUCCUCUAUCUUUAGUCACUGGUAAAUUUAUUUUAUUUAAUCUGUCUUGUUUUAGUUAGACUUCAAGAUUAAGAAAUUUAACAUGUCAUUCAUUGUGAGCCUUCUAUUACUAUUUGUUAUUUGUAGCUUUGCAUUUUCUCCAAGCUUCUUCAUUGUAUUCUAGUAGAAAUUGGUCUUUUAUGAUGGAUAUUUACCUUAUAAUUAAUCAUUGAGUUGAAAAUAUUUGGCUGAAUGACUAUUCUUAUGCUGCUUCAUACUUGUAUGGUUUUAUUACCUAGUCUUCAAGAUCAAAAGUUUCUCAUAUCUUUCUUUCUGUCUAUCUUUGGUUUUUUUGUGUGACUGUGUGCACAUAGUUGCCUAAAUUUCAGUUGUUCAUAUCCUUCUGGAAAUGUAUAUUUCUUUGUUCACCCCCCUCCCUUUUUCUUCCAGAACUAGUUAUGCAAUGGCAAGUGACAAGCUGAAACAAGGAGAUAAAUCGACACUGUCUGCUUGCUUUCCCCAAAGCAAUGAAGAGCUUGAACCUUUUCAUCUACAAGAUGGAACUGAUGAUCUUGCUGGUAUUUUUGAUAAUGUGGCGCAGCCAGCUACUUUUAUUCCAACUGGGGAUGUGCAUGGCAUGCCUCAAUCUAAUGCGCAGGAAAUGUCAUUUCCUGUCAUCAAGGAUGAUAUCUCUCAAUGUAAUGUCUCUCACAAUCCUGAGACUGGCCUUGGUUACUUAUAUGAGCCUGUUUCAGGUUUUUCGGAUUUGAUGGGUAGUGUGAAUGAAUUUGGUCAAUACCAUGCUCUUGGGGAUUCUGUAGCUGCUGCUAAUAUCCAUACCACUGAUCUUGGCAAUUCUCAGAUUGAGAGAAAUACAGUUACCACUGGGACUGAUGUGGGCGGUGGCUUACAAAUGUUGAAAGCUGGUGAAGAAGCAAAUGAUAAUGAUAUUUGUAGGCCUUGGUUAAUUGAAAAUCAAAUCAACCAUGCAGAGAUUGCGCCUUUAUCAGGCUAUAACCCAUCUAAUGGAGAAUUAGGGAUGAACAUCUCACAGAUGUGCACAGCUGGUGGAGAAGCAAAUGGUAAUAAUAUUCAUGUGCCUUGGGUAUUUGGAAAUCAAUUCAUCCAUGCAGGUAGUACACCUUUCUUAGGCCAUGACCCAAUUAAAGAAGAAUUGAGAAUGAAUAACAGUUUUAUGGCAGGUGUAGCUCAAUCAAAUCAUCCUGAAAUGCUUGAUGGGAAAUUCCUUACUCUUGGAUAUGAGUCUAAUAUGGAGACUAGAUCUAAAUAUAAAGUCUCCAGCAAAGACAAUGAUCAGAUCUCUAAAAAGAUUGCUCUGCCCAUGUUAAACACUAAUUCUAGUCAAAAUGUUGCUAGAAGUUCUUUGAAUUCUAGUUCUAAUGUGGCUGAUGGUUUUUCUAGUUUCCGAAAGCAUGACGGUGGAUUUACUAGACUAGUGCUGGAUGAGAGUGACUCUAAAAGAAUAGGCCAUGCACAGCAUGAUGAUGGUUUUUCUAGUUUAGGGCAGAAUGCAAGUUGGGUGUCUCAUCAAGCUCAGAACAUAGGUAGAUCUUCUGGUCAAAUGCAGAAUGUAGGUGGGCUUUCUAAACCGUCUGGGGAUGGUAGUGUUGGGACCCAGUUGCCACUAGUAGAUAAGCAACAUUAUAAUCAUAUUCCAAGCAGCUGGAACUUAGGACUUGAAAAGAAAUGGGAAGAGACAUUUGCAAAUACAAAUCCUCACACAAGCUUUCAAGAUCUUCCAACCAAAUCGUUAAUGCCACAUAAUAGCAACAAAGUUGUCUUACCUGACACUGGAUGGUUUGAGGUGACUGGGUUAUCACCAUCUUCUUCUUUGGUUAGGAGUACUAUUCAACCUGCUUCUGAUCAGCUCCAUGUUCCUCAUGUUGGAGCUGUCAGGAACUUCUUGCCCAACCCUUUUGUGGUUUCGCCCUUUAGUGGGGUCGCAAGAAGCACUGGCUGGCAGAAUCAGUCAGCAGGUCAUCCUGUUCAAUCUAAUAAGGUUUCUGCAGCUAAAGUUACUGAAGGUGAUCAAUUUUCCAAGAAUAUUAGAGUUAAGCAAGCUAAUGAAGGUAAUCUUGGUCAAUCUCAAGCCUCUGCUCCUGUCAAGCCUUCUGCACUUGCUUAUAAUACUGGUCUAGAAAUUCCAGCAGUUAAUAGGCCCCCUCAGUCUUCCAGUGUUCCUUCUGGACCAUCACUUAAGAGGACUGCACUCAUAUGCCCUCCCAGUGCUCCCCAAUUUCGGUGCAAAAAGACCAGAUCAAUUAAACCUGCCAGUCUUCCAGCUGCUCCAACAUUGCUCCAAACUGGUCCACUACAAGCACCUCUAACUUCAGUUGAUUCCUUAAGCUCACCCAUUCACCAGACUGUUCCCAGUCGCCCUCCUCUAGCCCGCACUUCUCCUCGUCUUCCAUCCUUGCCCAGAACUUCUUCACCUCACCAUAUAAAGUGGAAAGGAAGGCAAGGAGAAAAUAAAAAUCCUCAACCAAGUGGAAAACGAUGUCAUAUUUGCAAGAGAGAUCUCUCAUUCACCCCAAAAGGCCCCAUCUACCAGCCAGAGAAACCAAUAACUGUUGCUGUAUUGCCAUGCGGCCACCACUUUCAUGAUUCCUGCUUGCAGCGCAUCACUCCUCUAAACCAAGCUCAAGAUCCUCCAUGUAUCCCAUGUGCCAUGAGUGACAAGGACUAGCUCUCAUCACACACAAAGCGCAAGCUAAUUAUGAGAAUGAUUAGAUUGGCCAUUUGUAAGGUAAGUGUUUAGGGCCUAAGAGUACCUUCUUUUGCCAAAAUUAUGAGCUUUGGUACAUGGGCCUGUCUUGAAUGAGCUGAUUAACUAACAGGGCAGAGAAUUUCUAAGGCCUUAGGAGGAAGAGUGGGUGUGGAACCCUUUUAUGUUGUAUUAGUAAUUUAAUAUGCACAAUUCCCAAAAGUGUAUGAUGAGUUGACCCUAAAAAGCAGUUUGUUGUACCAACAUUUUGAGAUGGUGUCUCCCAUUCAUGAGGGCAAUUUCCACAAUUUGAGGACUUUCUUUUUAUAAGGCU